GGAGCAGCGGCGCCCGGAGAGGAGGAGGCCGAGCUGGGGCGCCCGCGAGGAGGAUGCGCGGCACCGGGUUCUGAAGGAUGGAGGGGGUUCUGUACAAGUGGACCAAUUAUCUCACAGGUUGGCAGCCUCGCUGGUUUGUUUUAGAUAAUGGGAUAUUAUCCUAUUAUGAUUCGCAGGAUGAUGUGUGUAAAGGGAGCAAAGGAAGCAUAAAGAUGGCAGUUUGUGAAAUUAAAGUCCACCCGGCAGACAAUACAAGAAUGGAAUUAAUCAUUCCAGGAGAGCAGCAUUUCUACAUGAAAGCUGUGAAUGCCGCCGAGAGGCAGAGGUGGCUAGUCGCUCUGGGCAGUGCGAAAGCUUGUUUGACUGACACUAGAGCAAAAAAGGAAAAAGAAAUAAGUGAAACCAAUGAAUCUUUGAAAACCAAAAUGUCUGAACUUCGCCUCUACUGUGACCUCUUAAUGCAGCAAGUUCAUACCAUACAAGAAUUCGUCCAUCAUGAUGACAGUCAUUCAUCCCCCAGUGUAGAGGUAUUGAGUGUAAUGUUCUAUGCAGGUCUGAUCAUAUUUGGAGUCACCUUGUAG